AUGAGGCUGCGCACGAACGCAUCAACCAUCUUGUCCCCGAGACUGUCAACGAGUCACCUCCUCCACCAACACCACCACCUUCCCCUCAACCCCAACAGUUAUCGCCGACAUCUCGGAAAUCGUCACCAUCGCGUCUUCACCUCUUUCUUUUCCUCUACUUACAUUUCGAGCAUGCCUGUAGGUAGCCCCAAACGAAGGCGCUCCGCGGAUGGUUCUGCGCCUCCUGCUAAACGGAAGGUCCAAUCUACUACUACUCAAGCGACUGUGGUAAACUUCUUCAAGCCUGCCUCCAAGAAGGAGCCCGAACAUACUAUUUGGAAGGUUGUCGAUGACACACUGCUCGUUGGGACAUAUUUUAAUCGGGCCUCGCCGAAUAAGACCAAACCGGCUGCGUCUGAUGUAAAAAGACGGGUUGCUGGGUUCGAUCUGGAUUCUACACUGAUCACGACAGAAUCGGGGAAUGUGUUUGCUAAGACCGCCACAGACUGGAAAUGGUGGAGUCCAUGCGUUCCAGAUACUUUGAGGAAACUUCAUGAUGAUGGAUACAUUAUCGUUAUAUUUACAAACCAGGGUUUCCUCAAGCAGCCAAAAAAAGAUAGCAGUAAUCUCACAAAGUUUAAACUCAAACUUGCCGCCGUGCUAGACUCACUCGACAUUCCGGUCACGGUCUAUGCUGCGACUGCAAAUGAUAGAUAUCGCAAGCCUAGGGUGGGCAUGUGGGAAGAGAUGGUCGACGAUUACGAUUUGGACGCACACGGCGUAGACCUAGAUGCGUCGUACCUGGUCGGAGAUGCUGCGGGGAGAGAUGGUGAUCACUCUGACAGUGACAGACACUGGGCUGCCAAUGUCGGCAUAGGGUUUCGCACACCCGAGGAGUUCUUCUUGGGCAAGAUGCCAAAGUCUAUGGCUCACCGGUUCGACCCUUUGAAGUAUAUCAAGAGCGAACCUCAAGCCUUGGUAUUCACCAAGUCUAGUAAGCAAGAGAUAGUCCUCUUUGUCGGGCCCCCCGGCGCGGGAAAGUCCACGUUCUACAGACGGAACCUCGAGCCCUUGGGCUUUGAACGAGUUAACCAGGAUACCCUAAAGACGAAGGAUAGGUGCCUUAAGGUUUCUGAUUCUCUGCUAGAAGGUGGCAAGAGUGUUACAGUCGAUAAUACAAAUCCCGACGUUACUACGCGAGCAGCAUGGAUAUCGCUGGCGAAAAAACACAAAGUUCCGAUACGAUGUGUUCACUUUAUUGCGCCAACGGACCUUUGCCAACACAAUGACGCUGUGCGCGCCCUUGGAGGAGAAUUGGUCAACCCCGAGAAACGCAAAAUCCUUCCAAAGAUAGCAUUCACGAACUUUGCCUCAAGGUUCAUAAAGCCCCGCAUUGAUGAGGGAUUUCAAGACAUGACGGAAAUUGAGUUCCAGUGGGAGGGUGGGGAUCCCGAAUUGCAGAUCUGGAGAAAGUACUGGAUUUGA